GGGAGGGAGGCGGCGCCGCGCCCGGGCGCCCCGCGGGCUGCGCGACCUGCGGCGGGAGCCGGGCGCGCCGGGGCGGGUCUCCUCCCGCGUCCGGAGCCCCCCGCGCCCGGCAGCGCCCCCAGCGAGCACGUGGGCCGGCGCCGGGAGCAGGACCCCCGGCCCGGGAGCCCGCCCCCGCCCCCUGCCCCCUGCCCGUGCCCCGUGCCGGGGCAGGACCAGCCUUUCCGCCGCGCCGCCUCUUCCCCCAAACAAGGCCUUGCCGGGGAGCCGCGCGCCCGGGGGCCGCCCACUGCGCCCCCCGCCCUUGACGCCCCCUCCGCGGACCCCCCUGGCCGCCCACGCCCGUGCCUCGCGGGGCCAUCCUCGGAGCCGCCGCAGCACCUGCCCGGGCGCCUGCCCCCGCGCAGUGCGCCCCGCGCCGCUGGACCCCGCUGGACCCCGCCCUGCUGGCCUGCAGUCCCCGAGGGGCUGGCUGCUCCCCGGAAGGCGGUAAAUGUCCAGGUCGCCGUCUCCCCGCGUCCCCGCGUCGCCGCCGGCAGCCCCGGACCCCUAAGAUGCUUGGGAAACGGAAGCGCGUGGUGCUGACCAUCAAGGACAAGCUGGACAUCCUGGAGCGGCUGGAGGAGGGCGUGUCCUUCAAGCGGCUGUCGGCGCUGUACGGCAUCGGGGAGUCCACGGUGCGCGACAUCAAGAAGAACAAGGAGCGCAUCGUCAACUACGCCAGCAGCUCGCACCCCACCAGCGGGGUCUCCCGGCGCAAGUCCAUGAAGUCCUCCACCUACGAGGAGCUGGACCGCGUCAUGAUCGAGUGGUUCAACCAGCAGAAGACGGACGGCGUGCCCGUGUCGGGCACCAUCUGCGCCAAGCAGGCGCGCUUCUUCUUCGACGCGCUGGGCAUGGAGGGGGACUUCAACGCGUCCUCGGGCUGGCUGACCCGCUUCAAGCAGCGGCACGGCAUCCCCAAGGCGGCCGGGAAGGGCGCCAAGCUGAAGGGCGACGAGGGCGCCGCCCGGGAGUUCUGCCGGAGCUUUCAGGAGUUCGUGGAGAGAGAGAACCUCCAGCCAGAGCAGAUCUACGGGGCCGACCAGACGGGGCUGUUCUGGAAGUGUCUGCCCUCCAGAACCCUGGUCCUGGGCACGGAGCAGAGCGCUCCCAGCUACCGGUCCAGCAGAGAAAGAAUCAUCAUCAUGUGCUGUGCCAAUGCCACGGGUUUGCACAAACUCAACCUGUGCGUGGUGGGGAAAGCUAAGAGACCCCGGGCCUUCAAAGGGACGGACCUGGCCAAUCUUCCCGUCACUUACUUCAGUCAGAAAAGUGCGUGGAUAGAACAUGCUGUGUUCAGACAGUGGUUUGAGAAACACUUCGUGCCCCAGGUGCAGAAGCACUUGAAAUCCAAGGGGCUUCUGGAAAAGGCUGUGCUGCUUUUGGACUUCCCCCCGGAGCAUCCCGACCAGGAGCUGUUGCGUUCUCAGGACGGCAGGAUCAUGGUGAAACAUUUACCACCAAAUGUCACCAGUCUCAUUCAGCCUAUGAGUCAGGGAAUUCUAGCCACUGUGAAAAGAUAUUACCGGACAGGCCUGCUCCAGAAAUACGCGGACGGAGGGACUGACCCAAAAAUGUUUUGGAAGAACUUAACGGUAUUGGAUGCGGUUCAUGAAGUCGCAAGAGCUUGGAGCAUGGUCAGAUCGAGUACUAUAACCAAAGCUUGGAAAAAACUGUUCCCUGGCAGCGAGGAGAACUCCGGCGUGAGUGUGGACGCAGGAGCCAUUCUAGCAGCAAAUUUAGCAACGGUUUUGCAGAACACAGAAGACUGUGAUCAAGUUGACAUUGAGAAUAUUGACCAGUGGUUUGAUUCUCGCAGUAAUGCCUCCAGCUGUCAGGUGCUCCCUGACAGUGAAGGUGCUGGUGGUCAGGCCCAGCCUGGCCAGCAAACGGGGUCCAGUAAGGCAAAGAAAACAGAGCUGAAUCGGGAGAAGCACAUCAGUCAUAAAGUUGCACUGGAAUGGACGGAAAAUUUACUGAACUACCUAGAACAACAAGAUGACAUGCUUCUGUCUGAUAAACUGGUCUUACGGAGGCUUCGAACUAUAAUAAGAAGGAAACAGAAGAUCCAAAUGAACAAAAGUCAUUAAUGCUCUUCAGGGUUUCAAUGGUUACAUCUUUGGCUUUAUCUGCAGUGGAACUUAAUUUAACAUUGUUUGAAUGCUGUGUAUUCCAAGACCAAAUACAUUUUAUACGUGAUGGUAGAAUUAGCUACCAUUUGGGGUUGCUAGUGUCACUGCUCUUUAAUGUUGAUUUCAGUAAUUUAGCAUUGACAUGUGACUGAUCUAUCUGCUGUUUUUAAUCUGUGUUUUACUAAUUAGAUCGUAAGAUACCUGAAGUCAGGGAUCUUAGGUCUGCUUUGUGCCUGAAUUUUAUUGUGUCUUACAGGAGAUCAUGUGCACUAUAGGCAAUCAAUAAAUCUUGCUAAAAUUCUUUUUUUUAUUGCCUCCUAUAAACUUCAGCUCCUAAACUGAAAUAACUUAAGGGUAACUUGACAUUUCUCUUUGAGUUUCCCCCAUGCUGAAAAUUUUAGAAUUCAACUGAAAUUCUAAUUGAAGAGAAAGUGGGGAACUGAAAGAAAAUGGCUUAAGCUUUAAACAAAUUAAAAUUCUAUACCAAUAGCACUUGGUUGGGCAGCAAUUCAGAUUGACCAAAUCUGAGUUCAAUGUAAUUAAGGAAGAAAUUAAGGUUAAAGUGCCCCAAGGGAAAGGACUUGCUCUUUGUUUUAAUAUCUCUAACUGUAUGUAACAAUAUGUCUUCUUAGUUGUCUGAUAGAAUGCCAUCUGUGUUCUAGAGAAAAGAAUUAUAAUUCCCAAAACAUUGUCUUUAGAAGAUUGAAGGGUUAAGUUUUAUUAUUUGAUCCUUUCUUACGGUAGUUAUAAUUCUUCUUUUAAAGGCUGUGUAUGUAAUAUUUUAAACCUAUGAAGUAUGUUAUUUCUGUAUUACAUUAUUCUGUGAGCAGAGAACAGAGAAAUAAGCAACGACAUAAUCUGUGGGGCCAGUUCACGAAAUGCAGCUGUCGUGGAAUGUAGCGGGAAACUGCAUUGUAGAGGAGUGUUGGUAGCUGCCUACUAGCUCAUAGAUCCUCUAGGAAGCGUUUGUGGGGAAUAGUGAUUUUAAUAGUGUGGGUUUAGGGCACCACCGGGCGUAGAAUAAAGGCCUGAUUGAGUGGUAGCUGCUAUUACUGACAUGCAAAAAUAGUGAUUUUCGGAAGCCUCCACAGAUCCAGUGUGUGACUCGGCCCUGGGAUUCCUGCAUCAGGCAAGUCCAGGAGAGAAGCAAUUCUUCCGGCUUUGCACCCCAGUGGACAGAAGUGGUCUGGGGGUGAAAGCUGAAAACCAGCACUAUAGGGAAGUGAGAGAAGACAGAGAAAAAUAAUGACCUUAGGCUGAAAUACAAUACUAACUAAUUUCAGUAAAAAUUGAGAGGUUAAUUAUUCAGCACCAUUUAGACAUCACUUGCUAACCAUCUGUAACAGUGAGAUGUGGUCAUAUUGAAGUUUGAAUUAUAAAAGUGAGUGAGGAUGAAAUUACAACUUGUUUUUUAGUACUGAGAUUUACAGUACUGUUAAUUAUACUUCUCAUGCAUAUCAUUCUCACAGCACAAGCAUCCCUAGAGAGCCGCCUUCUCUCCACCACUGUCCCAAGGUAGACAAAAUCUCCAGUGUGGGUGACUUUGUUUCUUUGUAUCCAAAAUAUGAGAGAUUUUAAAGAUAACUGGAUGUGGGGCUGGAGCAAUAGCACAACGGGUAGGGCAUUUGCCUUACAUGCAGCCGAGACCCGGGUCCGAUUCCCAGCAUCCCAUAUGGUCCCCUGAGCACCUCCAGGGGUGAUUCCUGAGUGCACGAGCCAGGAGUAACCCCUGUGCAUUGCUGGGUGUGACCCAAAAGGAAAAAAAAAAAAGUGGACGUGGUGACACAUCUAUAGAUGGAUAAAGCUGAAGUGACAUUCCACACAACCCAAAAUAUAAGCUUAAAACAGUAUGAAAAAUUUACUAAUACAUUUUAAAAAUUAUGUGAAAUAGAUAAAUUCUACAAAUACACAAGAGAAGAAUUUUUGAAAAUUAAAGAACAAUUUGAAUAGGCCUAUAAAAGUAUAAAAGCGUGUUUUUUCCUAAAAAGGGACUACUGACUUUAUGGUAGAAAAUAUUAGAGAUAAUACUUUAGCAGCUGCGUUAAUUAAUAAGCAAAAAGUUGCAAUAAAAGCCUCUAACAGUGAAAAUUAGCACUCAAGUAGAUCCAUAACAUUCAAUAUAAAUGAAACAAUUCAUUAUCAGCUGUCGGUACCCUGCUAACGAAGCAUAUUGAGGUUGACAUUGUUUACAAAAGAGAUUCUAUAGUACUAAUAGGGGGAUAUUUGUAGAAGUAAUAAAAUACCCUUAAAGGCAAAACAGUAGUAAGCUGGACAUUUGCAAUAUCUUAUAUUAAAAUACUAGAUCAGUAGAAAAUAAGAACAAAAAUACCUUUCGCAAAAUAACUUGACUAUUAGGGCGUAGGAGCUAGUUCCGGGGUAGGGGGCGUGCUCUGCAGGAGACAGACCCACAUUCAACCCACUGAGCCCUGCAGGACAUGAUCCCCAGCACAGUCUUGAGCACCCUCAGGUGUCACCCCCAAACUGAAAAAAAAAAGUUGUGAUUAGAUUAGGCUCAGAGCUGUAUGGGGCGCUGGAGAUUCCCAAAUCCUAGCGGUGCUUCAUGAGUCUCACUAGAACUCACAUCUUUGUCUUUUGAACUCUAACUUUGGAUUUGUGAAAGAUCUUUUCAGAACACCUCUUAGGAAUCCACUUUCUUUGGGAGAAUAUAUACAUUGUUAUAUAUUAGGAAGAUGUAUUUAUACCAUGUAAUACAACGUAAUAAAACAUUCUGAAACUUAGUUAUGACUUAAACUUGAGUGAAUGCAUUUUUUUCAGAGCUAUUUUCCCCCAACAAAAGAAUGUCUCAAGUUUCCCGAAGUCAUGAGAUUGAAAUGAUUUCGUUUUGUUUUAUUAUACUGGCUAAUGUAAACUGCAUUUUAAUUGCAUAGUUCAAUUAAGUACAGAAAUCACUGCCCUUUCCGGAUGUAACUUAUGUUUUGCAGUUCCAGGGAUCAAAUGCAGAACCUCAUACUUUGGAACAUGUAUAUGAUAGAUUUUUACUAGGUCUUUUGAGGAGAUAUGGCAUGUUUUGAUUAAACAGUGUCUCUUAGAUAUACAUAUUGAUGUGUAGACAUAGGUGUAUAGGUAUAGAUGUAGAUAUUAAUGUAUAGAUGAAGAUGUAUAUAGGUGUAGAUGUAGAUUUAUGAGAUAGCUAUAGGUAUGUAGAUACUGAGGCAUGCAUCUAUAGAUAUUAAUGUGUACAUAGGUGUCUCUAGUUGUAGAUAUACAAAUAGAUGUAAAUAUAGGUGUAUAUGUACAGAUGUGUUAGAUAUGCAGAUAUGGAUGUAUGUAGAGAUAAAGAUGCAUAGCUGUAGAUAUACACAUAAAUAGAAACAGAUGUGGGUAUAGAUGUACUAUAGAUAAUGUAGAUAUAGGUGUAUGCACUGAUACAGACAUUGAUAGACAUGUCUCGGCAGAGCUGUGUGGAUAGAGAAGCAGAGUUGGAGGUACAGAUGUGUAGAUAUUCUAGAUGUGCAGAUAUUUAAGUUCUUGGGAGUAAUGUGUUCUCUAUCAUCUAAGGGGAAAAUCUUCAAAUUCUAUCAGUUUUGAUACAUAAAAAUGAAAAUUCUUAAACAGAAUUUGCAAGCUAAUGAAACAGACCAAAAUAGAACGAUGCUUAAGAAUAUAUACCUUAAAAAAUUCAUAAUAGGAGUGUUUACUAUUAAAUGUUCAAUCUCAUUCAUACAUGGACUGACGAGAAAAUUUUGAGUGCUGAGUUAGUACCGAGUUGGUAAGUCCCAUAUCAGCAGACAACAUUUUGAGCAGAAUUGUAGAAGUAAAAUGUUCUUUAUCCUGGGACUAUUUUUUUGUUUUCAAUCAAGCCUCCUACUGAGCUGGUUGGUGAGUUUCCCAGCUUUGGGGAGGCUCUUGGUUGACACAGCUGGUCAGUCGCAGACUGAGAAACUGUGUCUAGGAAGGUGGCUGCAGCCCCACAGCUCAAGGACACCGAAACCACAACCUGCAAUUCAGAUGUACAUUUGUUCCUUCUUAGUUUUGCAAGUUGAUCUUCCCCUAAAUACAUGCUGUAUCUACACCCUACACCAGUCGACUGCA